CCACUCGGUAGCGAACGAGACAGACCGGGCCUUGACCUCCGGCUGGAAGAAAGGACGGUCUCCCCCUCGAGGGUGACGACCACGACCACGGUAAACUCCGUUGAGAGGGCAGACUCGCCAUUCCACACGGCCGGCUGGACACUCUAAAAACCAGCAUAGGUGCGGUGGCUCCCCUCCGUCUGUCUCGUCGAGUUCUCCGAGGAGAGGAGAGGCGAGGCGACAUGGGCUCCAGCAGCCUCCAGCAGACCAACGCGCUCUUCAGGAAGAACCUCGUGAUCCAGAGGCGCGCCUGCAAGACCAACUGCUGCCUCAUCCUCUUCCCCCUGAUCCUCUGCGCGGGCAUAGGAGGCCUGCAGAUCGCCAUCAACCGCGCGGUCAAACGAGACACCACCCCUCUCAACUGCAACUGCAGCAAUGCGGUCGUGCCGGCGAACACCACGGGAGGCCCGGCGUGCCCGGAGGGCUGCCCGCAGCCUCGCGCGCCCAAAUGGCCACCCGUGGUGCACAUCCCGCCGUCGGCGACGAGCCGGUUUGGCCGCGGCCCCCCCGGCGCAUCGUGCGGGGCGCAGGGGUCCUGCGCCGCAACGUUCCUCGUCACCGGCGCCAACCAGUCCUUCGUCGGAAGUGCAAUGGGUAACAUGAUCCCGGUUCACGACGCAUCGGUGAACGUGUCGGCCGACGACAUCUCGGCGUUAGCCGAUUUCGUGCUGGCGGACUAUUCGGGGUAUUCAGGCAGUCCUCUAGUGGACACCUUUCUUCAGAACAAAUGCACUCCAAACCUGACGCUUUCAUACUCAUUUGUAGACGGCAAUGAAACCGGGACCCAAGAUGUGGAUUGCACGGAGGGAUUAAUGCUCUGGCGCGACAGUUCGUGGCUCAUCAGUGAUGACCUAUAUAGUGGCUACACGAACAGGAGCAAUGAAUUUGCUGCAGCAUACGACUUCUUAAGCUCUGAUCAGGGCAACUUCAACUUGAUCAUUUCAUAUAACUCGACGUACGAGUUUGAUGCUUAUGAUGGCCUUCCAAUCCCUGUCUUCCAAUUUUUUGGAGGGAAUAAACCUAGACUGCUUGAAGUUCCACGGUUAACAAAUAUGGCUUCAAAUGCAUACCUUCGUUUAAUAGGCAAUGGUCUGAAGAUAUCAUUCGAUUUUGUUAAAGAAAUGCCUAGAGCAGGUCGAUCAUGGAGUACAUACGAUCUAACUUCAAUAAUAGGACCGCUGCCUUAUGUAUUGACUAUCCAGCUCCUUUUCCCGGUAAUUUUGACCAACAUUGUAUACGAGAAGCAAAAGAAGCUUAGGAUUAUGAUGAAGAUGCAUGGUCUUGGUGAUUUGCCAUAUUGGACUAUAUCCUAUUGCUAUUUUAUUCUUCUGUCCAUGCUAUACUUGCUGUCCUUCAUGGUAUUUGGUACUGUGUUUGGUUUUACAUUCUUUCGACUGAAUAGUUAUGGCGUACAGUUUGUGUUCUACUUUGCUUAUAUGAGCUUGCAAAUUUCAUUUGCAUUUCUUAUGGCAACAUGCUUCUCAAAUGUGAGAACAGCUGCUGUGAUAGGAUAUUUCUACGUAUUUGGGUCCGGCCUUAUAGCAGAUUAUUUUUUCAAGCCCUAUAUCGAAGACAUUUUCAUCUCAAGAAGCUGGAUUAUACUUUUGGAACUUUUCCCUCCAUUUUCUUUGUACCGCAUUGUCUACGAGUUUUCUCAAUCUGCAUCGCUGGUAAGUCAGAUUGACCGCACGGGGAUGCAGUGGAGUGACCUGAAUGAUCCCAAAAAUGGAAUGACGAGUGUUUUAACCAUAAUGGUACUUGAAUGGAUCCUAUUCCUUUUAUUAUCAUUAUAUCUGGAUCACUUUGGUUCCUUUCAAAGUGGAAUUAGAAGAGCAGUAUUACUUCUUCACUCUCGCCGGGCUGGGAACCGUUCUCAAUCUUCUCAACAGCAGAUCACACAGAUUCAAGAGUUCAAAGCUUCCGUUGAAAUGGAGAGGACAGAUGUUAUCAAAGAGAGAGAGAUGGUUGGACAGCUCUUACAAGAACCAAAUAGUAGCUAUUCAGUCAUAUGUGACAACCUUAAGAAAGUGUACCCCGGAAAAGAUGGCAAUUCAAAGAAAAUUGCUGUCAGAGAGUUGUCCCUUUCAAUGGCACGUGGGCAGUGCUUUGGUGUUCUUGGUCCAAAUGGUGCUGGAAAAACCACUCUCAUCAACAUGCUCACUGGAUUUACUAAACCUACGUCUGGCACCGCGUACAUAGAAGGAAUGGACAUAAGGUUGGACAUGGACAAAAUUUAUACAGGAAUUGGUGUUUGUCCCCAGCAUGACUUGCUUUGGGAAAAUCUGACUGGCCGAGAGCAUUUGAUGUUCUACGGCAGGCUCAAGAAACUGAAGGGUGCAAAAUUAGCUCAGGCUAUAGAACAAUCUCUGAAAAGUGUUCGUUUGUUUGACGGUGGUGUUCCCGAUAAGCUUGUGCAAAAAUACAGCGGUGGCAUGAAACGUCGUCUCAGCGUCGCCAUCUCUCUAAUUGGUGACCCUAAGGUUGUUUAUAUGGAUGAACCAAGUUCUGGCUUAGAUCCGGCAUCAAGGAAAGACCUAUGGAAAGCCGUCAAGUCUGCCAAACAGGACAGGGCCAUAAUUCUCACGACACAUUCAAUGGAAGAAGCCGAAGUUCUGUGCGAUCGGAUAGGAAUAAUCGCGGACGGUACCUUGCAGUGCAUUGGAAACUCAAGAGAGCUGAAAACCAAGUACGGAGGCUCAUAUGUGCUGACGAUAACGACCACGGCGGGUGAGGAGGCUGAGGAGGAGGUGGCGAAGCUAGUCCAGUCCAUCUCGCCGGCUGUGAGCAGGGUGUACCGCAUCUCUGGGACGCAGAAGUUCGAGAUGCCGAAGCAGGAGGUGAGGAUAUCGGCGGUGUUCCAUGUCAUGGAGAGCGCGAAGAGCAGGACGACCGUUCUUGCGUGGGGCCUGGCUGAUACGACUCUGGAGGAUGUGUUCAUCAGAGUUGCCAAGGAGAGCGAGGUAUCCUCUGUCACCUCAUCGGCAAGAUAAUCCGGCCCAGAAGAGUCACUGUUUGCUGUUCAUCACAGUUGCAGCUUCAGAGAUAUCGUCGUGUGGCAAAUUGGCAGUGCAUGUAGCUUUAAGGCUUCAAAUGAGUUUGGACUUUGGACUAUGGAAGGUGUAGCUUUAGAUUAUUAGAUAUAUGUCACUGAAGAACUCAGGGAUAAGGAUUUCUAAACGAUAAGAAAUAUGUUUCAAGUUAGGUAGCUUGAAAACAAAAUAAAAAAUUUGACACAAAAAACUUAUCUGAGUAUCCUAAAUAUGAUUUGAAAAUGAAAUAGUUUAUGGACAUUCAUGAAAAAUUACAAAUAUGAUGAUUUUA